AUGGCGAAACUGGCUCCCCCUCCUGAGUCAAUAUUACCAUCUAAACUAAAGAAGAAGCUUGCAUCUUCUCAGGGGGAAGAAAUGAAAAGAAAGAGCUCCAAGAAGAGAAAGAACCGUUCAAAGAGCUCCGAAAGCUUGAAGAAAUUUUCCUUACCACAAGAACCCAUCCAGGCAGAGCAACUCAACACGAGUUUGACACAAGAACCUGUUGCGAUGGAGAAGGAUGCUCAAGGUUCUCAAACUCUGGACGACCACUUAAGUCUUCCACAAGAACCUGGCUUGCCAGAAGAGACGAGAGAAGUGGUCACUGAACCGAAUGUUGAAACAACCCUCCCACAAGAACCUACCCGAACAGAGCAGAUGGCUCCCAUUCUGACACAAGAACCUGUCAGGGUAGACGAGGAUGAACUUGCACCACAUCUUACAAGUCACUUAAGUCUCCCACAAGAACCUGGUCAGCCAGCUGAGACGAGAGAAGUGACUCCUCCAAUUGAAUCCAAUCUGAAAGAAGCUCUACCCGAACCUGAAGUCUUACAAGAAUCGGUCAUACCCGAGACCUCUCAAGCGAUUGUAUUUGUACCCGAAGCUGUCCCAAUUCCCCCAUCAAAAGAUCAACUGCUUCGAGAAUCCAUUGAGAACGACUUCAACAGGGUCAUGCAAUGGCAAAAAUGGUGA